AACUCCAUUAUCCUGCAGCACAGACAUGCAGCUCUGUAUUUGCUGACCGUCAGACAGGAAAGAAUCGCCGAGUAUUCAGGCCAAUAAUAAUAUAAAGACACAUUAAGCGCUGUGAAGUUCAUCUGAGGUCACGAGGAGAAGAAAAAAUGUCCCGCGGUUCAAACGCAGGUUUCGACCGACACAUCACCAUAUUUUCACCGGAGGGCCGCCUCUACCAAGUCGAGUAUGCCUUCAAAGCCAUCUCCCAGAGUGGGUUGACGUCCGUGGGGAUCCGGGGGAUAGACAGCGUUGUGGUGGUGACACAAAAGAAAAUACCUGACAAGCUGCUGGACUCUUCCACUGUGACCAAUAUGUUCAAACUAACCCCUCGCAUUGGCUGUGUAAUGACUGGGCACACUGCGGACAGUCGUUCCCAGGUUCACCGGGCACGAGUAGAGGCUGGAGAAUGGAAAUAUAAGUUUGGUUAUGACAUCAUGGCUGACGUGUUGUGUCGCAGGUUGGCCGAUAUCUCCCAAGUCUACACACAAAAUGCCGAAAUGAGGCCCCUAGGCUGCUGUAUGAUCAUGUUGGCUAUGGACCCCCAGCAGGGUCCUGUCCUGUAUAAAUGUGACCCAGCAGGCUACUACUGUGGCUUCAGAGCCACAGCAGUUGGGCCCAAACAAACAGAGGCCAACAGCUACCUGGAGAAGAAACUGAAGAAAAAGCCUGAACUGACUCACGACAGGACAGUACAGUUGGCUAUAUCAUGCCUGUCCUCGGUCCUGUCCAUGGACUUCAAAUCCAGUGAGCUGGAAAUCGGCGUCGUGACCAAGGAAAAUCCGAAGUUCAGGACGCUGUUGGAAGAAGAGAUAGAAGCCCACCUGGUUGCCAUAGCAGAACGAGAGUAAAGAUGCCCUCACAAACUUCAGACCGUGAUUCAUCAUAGUAUUUUCAUUUUCACUGUGCUUGAAUUAGCCCAAUUUAACAACACUGUUAGCAACCGUCUGAAGACAAAAGUACACAAUCUUUAGUUGUGUGUCUGGGGAGGUUAACCAUGCACACCUGAAGGAGAAACUAAGUGUUUCAUCAGACAUUUCCUCUGGGCUCUUUUCUUUUGUUCAGCAUACCAACGCAAGUAGCACAACGUUUAAAGUCCAAUCUGGCACAUUAAAACCAUCUUCAGUGAACAACACAAACAACACUUUCCACCUUAAUACUUUACAACAUAUUUCCAUGUUUGAAAUACAAAUGUUUUUGGAUGCUGGUUAUUUCAUAUGACUCCUGCUGAUUUUGUUUGGAUGUGUACAGAAUAUUUGUCAUACUGUACGUUUAUAACACCAGCCUUGCUGUCAGCUCCACACUUGUAAAGUUGAAAUAAAAAAUGUCCAAUAUACUUAUUGUGAACCCCAUUAAAACCAUAAUAAAUUUGAAUAGAAAAGACUAUAAA